AUGGAGGUGAACAAACUGUUUAGUGUCAAGGACAAGGUGGUGCUCGUCACAGGAGGUGCCAAGGGCAUCGGCCUGAUGAUCUCCCAGGGCUUCAUCGCCAACGGGGCCAAGGUCUAUAUCUCGUCGCGCGACGCCAAGGCGUGCGAGUCGUCGGCUGCCGAGCUCAACGCCCGCGGGCCGGGCACCGCCGUGGCGCUGCCGGCCGACCUGCUGCAGCUGUCCGAGUGCGAGCGCCUGGCCGCGGAGCUGCGCCGGCGCGAGCCCCGCGGCGUCCACGUGCUCGUCAACAACAGCGGCAUCGCCUGGGGCGAGGCCCUCGACACGUUCCCGGACAAGCAGUGGGGGCGCGUGCUGACGCUGAACCUGCAGCGCGUCUUCACCCUGACGCAGCUGCUGCUGCCCGCGCUCGAGGCCGCCGGCGCCGAGUCCAAGCAGGACCCGGCCGCCGUCAUCAACAUCGGCUCCAUCGACGCCCUGCGCGUGCCCGUCUUCGAGAACUACUCGUACUCGGCGGCCAAGGCAGGGUUGCACCACCUGAGCCGGGUGCUCAGCGCCAAGCUGGGCCCCCGGGGCAUCACGGUCAACACGCUGGCGUGCGGGCCGUUCGAGACCAAGAUGACGGCGUUUGCGAUGAAGAGUUUCAAGGGUGAGAUCGAGGAGGGCAACCCCAUGGGCCGGAUCGGCAGCCCCGGUGAUGUUGCUGGGGCCUGUAUCUUCUUGGCCAGUCGAGCUGGAUCAUAUAUUAACGGGGCUACUAUCAAUGUCGAUGGUGGUGUUAGCAACUUGUCCAAGAUGUAA